CCUGACAGUCACUAUUUUCAUUUUCGUAGUUCGGCCAAAAGCCAAGUGUACACGUUGAAGUUUGGUUCGCAAAAGAUUCCUGUUUACUGUCACAUGGGAAACUUUGGAUGCGGAGAUGGAGGGUGGACACUGGCCAUGAAGAUUAAUGGCGCAAAGGUAAAACGAUUGUGCUGCAUACGGAAGUUAUGUAUAUAGUGUAAAACUGAUGGGUUCUUGUUUGUAUUUCAGAAAACUUUCCAUUACAGCUCUGGGUUUUGGAGUCACAAGAAUUCCUAUAACCUUCCAGGAGGUAAGACCGGGUUUGACGAUCAAGAGACUAAACUGCCAACCUACUGGAAGACCUCCUUCUCCAAGAUCUGCCUGGGUAUGAAGAUCGGCAAGCAGAUCAAGUUCAUUGUUAUCAACAAGAAGGCCGCUUCUCUGCACUCACUGAUCGCAGACGGGAAGUAUCGCGCCACAUCACUGGGUCGUAACACGUGGAAAAAGCUGAUUGGUUCUCAGGCUUCCCUGCAGACCAAUUGCAACAAGGAGGGGUUCAAUGCGGCUUCUAGUCGCAGCUCCUUUGCUAAGGCAAGAAUCGGUAUCCUUGGAAAUAACGAAGGAGAAUGUAGAAGCUGUGAUUCCAAAAUUGGGUUUGGAACGGGAGGACAAACCGACGAUUCCAACACAUGUGGAAACAACGCUAUAAAGGGAGCAACAUCGGACAAUGGAGAGAGAAACAUAAAAGCCAUGGGAUAUAUCUUGGUACAGUAAAGUGAGCUCAGUUUACUCGUAUCUUACCGUACAAGAAAAAAACUGACGCAAUAAAAGGUUAUUUAACUAUUUGUGUCUUGUUAUUGAAAUCAGAGGUCCAUUCCACUGAGCAAGUGACUUACUUACCGAUGAUAGCUAAGGAUUGAUCGACAAAUACGAAUGGCGUUCUAACCAACUCAGUAACUCAUAAAUAAGUUUUCAUAAACCCGUCUCCCUGGCUUCAAGAAUUAGCUGAUCUUUGGCUGACAAAAUUAGAACUGAAUUGAGACUGAGCAAUAGAAAGCCAGACUGUCAAAACUAAUGACCGACAAAUCGGUGGACUAAGUAAAGCUGUAUGUUCAGACAAGUAUAGCAUAACCAGCAACGACACAGAAAUGGAAUAAGUCGUUCAUACACAUCGAUAAUCGAGCCGGAGCGGUUGGCCGAGAGGGUUUGGUGACCUAAAUCUCAGUCCUCACUCCUGAAUAUUCACUUCCCUCUAGGUGGAUUCCAGUCCCUGCUUCUUCGCAUCACAAAGUGUGGCACAGAACCUAUGCGAUAUGAAACACUCCACUUUAGAGAUCGGCUCGGCGAAGCUUCACUCCGUUUCAGAAAUCGGGCUGAAAUCAGUGUUCGUAUGUGUGAAUGGAAGCCCUAAGCGGUAAUGUUUUCGUGCCGGCGUAAGAGCUUUCCGGUAGAGUGCGAACAAAUCCUAAGUUAGGCUAAGUUGCUAGACCAACUCCUGUCGUGUUGGAUUUGCAAAAGCUGGAACGCAAAAAUAGAUUAUACAAAAGACAUUUUUAAUAAUCUUCCAACCCAUUAAAAUACACCGUUCCAGCAGGUACUGUUUCAAAUGAAAAUAAGCUUUUGACAUUAAACCAAAUCAUAAACGACUCAAGAGUCUCUAUGAGAAUGAGCAUCUUAUUAGUUCAUUCACUUGACAUGCUAUCGCAAACUUGUAGCAAAAGUGACAAGAUAAAGACCUGCUGUCUUGUUGUGGAAAAUCUUCAGUGUCCUUGGGCAACUUUGGAACGCAGCCUUGCUAUCUUUGGUCGAGAUGCCUCCUGCUGUAAAUAAAUUAAUAAGAGAAAAAUAUCACUAAGAUGAAAAGAAAAAUUUGGCCAAAUAUCCCUUUGAAAAAGGUGAUUGGCCACUUUAGAAACGAGAAGGGGACUGGAGCCGAAAUGCGUCCCGCAAUUGUUUCUGGGAGCGUUACUGGGGACGCACCGAUCACCUAUUGGCCAGUUCUAGAAAUAGUCCCAGAACUCUUUGCGAAAGUAAACUCGACCCAGUUUCCCUCUCUUUUCUAAAGUGGCGAAUGAUGGAGAUGCCCAACCUCGUCCCCAGGGCUUUCCCUAAAAAAAUGGCUCCUCCCAUUUUUUUUUAGGGAAAAGCCCUGGGGACAAGGUCGGGGGAUGCCAGGUGGAGUGUUAAGGCAGGCAGUAUGUCGGUUAUUGAAAACGUAGGCAAAAAAUUACAGUGAAAAAAUAAAAAUAAAAAUCCGAUGAUGUUUUAAAGAAAUGCAACUCCAUCGCUUCCUCACCUGAGAUGUCAUUUUUUGCCCUAAGAACCUGAGAUCCGCCAAAGGAAUAACAGAUGGCCUAAGCAGGAAAACAAACUGGUUAAUGAAAAGACAGAUAUUGAGUACAAGUAUGAUAAUAUUGAAUUUAAAGUUCGCUCUUAACCUAUUGCAAUCAUUCAUAAAAACAACGAGGGCCUUAUACCUGUUAGAGAAAUGAUAAUAAUGUUUCAUGUUUGCCUCUUUGGGUGGAAGCCUAAGUGGUGCUAAUUGGUGAUGUCUACUACGAGGCGCUUAAAUAAUGACCUCUAUUCUAUACCUCCAGAGAGAGAGCCAACCUUCAAUUGGCCAAAAGAGGGAAAUUAGGCGCGCGAGACGGCGAUGGGCACUAAUAAAAAUGACAAGGAUACCGGUCGUCUCCCUUACAGGUAGAAAUUGCGGAUCUUGGUCUCAGUUACGAUUUUCAGGACAGAAAGCCAAUAUAUAUCACUAUGAGAUAUCACUUUGGGUUUUUCGUAAAGGAAUUGUUAAAGGAAAAUAACAAACGCCGUCAUACUGUGUUGGAGUAAGAUCUCCUUUAUGGGUGAAACAAAGCGUGGGUCACGCCCACGCUGGUCUCCUUUAGGGGUGUAAUUCUAGUUGUCUGACGAGUAUCCUUGUCAUUUUUAUACCAGAGCUACAUCUCCCCCACCCCCCUAUCGGGAUUGGAGCCUUUCUGUAAGCCCCACCCACCUGCCAUGACCACAUUGAAAAGGUAACUGACACUUAGACAGGUGAUCACUCACUUACACCAGUCUACUCUCCAUAACCCUCUUUAUUUGCUCUUGCCCUUGUUCAUAAACUCCCCACUCAUACUUUGAGUAAAUAAGCAACAUCAUAUUGUAACCCAGAUCUCCCUCGCUCAAGAGGAGCCGGGGAGUCUGUGGUCAAGCAGCCGUGAGAUCUGGGUUCGAGAUUAUCCAACAUCAUGUUCAAAUUUUCUUAUUUCAAUUAUCAGCAGCUUUUAUGACGUGCGAGAAAAGGAGAUCGGUUUUUACAUCACUCUUCGUAAUUCAACACGUUACUAUCAUUUAUGUUUUCAGAAACUGUAUCGGCCAAGGUUUUGCUCUUGCUUAGACCAAAACGGCUACUGCAAUGAUCCUUCGAAUGUAAGUGAAAAAACUAAAACAACUGUAGUUUGAUGAUAACGAGGCGAAUGAAGUCUCAUUUUUACGGGGUUAGUCUCUAUCUCAAGUUAAUAUAUGCAGAGCCUCCUUCGCAGGAAACUCACGUUGAACGUUUUUUUUUUUUUGCUGAGCCACUUGAUUAUAAGUGUUCCAUACAUUGAUUUAAUUUGUUUUUGUGUUCCUCAACAUGAGCGUUGACCUCGUCCCAAGGAAUGCUCGUCUUUGAAAAACGAGAAGACUCUGGAGACAAUGUUACAUUAGCCUCGGAUGCAGGCUAGUUCUAGUUCACUACAAAUACUUAAGCGGCCUACAGUUAGAGGGAAUUCACUCACGUGACUAGGGGGUCUAUUCAUUGGAAGAGAAGAGAGUGUUUACCCGACAAAAGAGUUAAACUCGCACAGGAUUAUUGUAACACGGUAUUGAUACACCAGUAGGCAGGCCUUUCUGAGGGUGGUGGGGGUGGGUAGACCAAUAUAAAAAGGCUUUAUAAUUGCUGCAAAGUGAUAGCUUGGUUGCCUUCUUACAGGUUUGAUUUAAGCGUAGCCCCACAGAAUAUUGUAUCAAAUGAAGAUCUCCAUCUCAUCUGAUUCUUACAGCGAGGAAUGGCAUCGUGGUCAAUAAUUCACCGAGGUCCACUCUUUGGAAGGUAAAAUCCGCACAAGAAUGUUCAAGAAUCAAGUGGUAGUUUGCUUAACUAAAACUCAGCUGAUGUAAUGUAAGAAGUGCUAAAUACUUUGUUAUGUAUAGGCGCCAUCACAAUUUUAGAAACGAGAAGAACCUCGAGUUAGCAGUGAAUAUUAACUUAGGAGCGACACUAAGUCGCUUGUUAUAAUUAAUAUCUCUGGAAAAUCUGAAGGGCCCUUGGAGAAUGGUAAAUGGAAAAUGAUGGCCACAUUUUAUUCAAACAGCUUCGUUCAGGGCAGGAAAAAUUUUCGGGCAUGAUAUCUGUCGCUGCCAUUUUGGCAAAGUAGGGCGCACGUUUUCAAGACUGUACUUCUCGAUUGUUUUCUUUAAACUUUCGCUUCAAUUUUAUCUUUGAUGGGUGAUUUAAAAGACCUGGCAUGUACGAAAUAUUGGCAUUUUUUACCGUAAAAACCAAUAUUAUCUCUGUUUCUUGCGGCAUUCUCUUUUUCCAUUUAAAAUCGGUCGCUCGCUGGAAAUUAUCGUAAAAAUUGUUCAAGCUAGUGCGUAGUUCUUAUAAAAAAUUUUGUGUUCAAGUAUUAUAUGUUAAGAACAUUAGCAUUUCAAAUCUUGUUACGGUUCAUACGUAUUAUUUAGCUAAAAGGCCAAAAAUGAUUUUAAAUAAACUAUCAACUAGGUGUUUGUCGCAAUAAGGAGAACGAAUUUUAGCGUGCGGUUGUGGUUUAUGUGUGUACCUGAACACAUCUCUGAGAUUUUUAAUGUCAACAGAACAACGGAUCGACAAUGCAACAUUGUAAUAUCGAUAUUGAAUUUUCUGGUGUACCUCUCCUGAAAACUGGCUUACACGUAAGGGUUAAAGGGAAAAAUAAUGCCAAAAAAUAUAUUAUAAAAAAGCAAUAUUGAAAAAUAUAGAAAGCUACUUCCGUGAAUAAUUUUUUGGAAAAAAAAACUAUUUAGUCAGUCAGUUGACAUUAUGUAGUCCAAUGAUCUGUUUCCACAUAGCUUCAACCAAUAGAAAUCAUGUGUGUUUCCAUUUCUGCCUGACACGAAAAUACUUAGAUCAUAGCUACUAGCGACAAGAAUAGGAGGUCAAUUGUGUUUUAAGAGGGGGUCAUGUAGUGCCCGUCAUGUUCUACUGCACUGAGAAGUUUGUGCGACAUAUGACAUGAGGCGAUUAAACACGCAAAAAUUGCUUUUGAUCUAUCCAAUCCUUGUUUCAGGGGCACCCAACGAGGAUAUAGCUCAAAACCACUUAACAUAGCAUUGUUGAACGUAUUUUAGUAUUCAAACGGUAGAUAUAGGCAUAUUUUUAUCCCCUAAAAACUUUUCAUCUGUUCGGAUUUCCUAGCUGAAAGUCUAGUGAUCCGAAAAUUAUAGGGAUAAAAACUUACCUUCUCGAAAAUUUCAGCCAGGAAAAGGCUCCCGAAAAUUCUAGGUGGCCUUUUUUAGGGUCAAAAUCCGUUAAAAAUGGGUAAUUAUGCCAUUUUGUAGAUGUUCGAAACUCCUAGGAGAGGCAGGCAAGCAAGGAAUUUUACAACAAAUUUUCCGAAAAUUCUAGAUCUCAAAUCGUCUUCCGAACAGAUAUUUUCCCGAAAAUUGCCGUUGGGUGCCCCUGUUGUUUGUUUUGCCUCAAAUUGAAUUUAACUACUGAUAAAAUGUGAUUCAAAUUAAUGGGCAAUGAAAUUUAAACAAUACUAUGUGAGAUUUUCUUAAUUUCAAAUCAUUUAUAUAAAUCGUGAUGAAAAUCGCCUAAAUAUCGAUUUGUUUUUCAAUUUCACCUUUCUAGCCAGGAUCAGUUUUUCAGGUUUUUAAGUAAACUCAGAAUGCCAAAUAUCGGAAUGAUUCGAUUUAGCGCAGGGAAGAUAACUAUUACAAAGUUCUACAAGAAGGUAUAUGUUUACAAGCUAAGGUAAAACGACGGAUUGAGUCGCUAGUGAUCUAAAAAUUAUCAUCAUUUGUCUAUUCUGCCCUAUAUGUUUUUAAGUUGAUCGAUUAUAUUGUAAAUCGUCUGCCGGACAAUCGAUUAGAGCCAUUCACGCAAUGUUUAAUUCGGUCGUUGUAUUUUUUUUUUCUUUUACCUAAGGUUGUUCUUGAGCGUAUCUCGCCACACGGCCAUACGAUGGUGAGCCUCUAUGAUUAUUUCCGACGAAAUAGAAGUCGCGACGAACGUUAAUCAGAGAUGAAACGAAAAUCUUAGAAAUUAUAGCAACUAUCGCAUUGCCAUUCCGAUCAAGUUUGGCAACCGUGAGUGAUGCGAUGAUGACAAAGGAAUCUGCCACAAAGUGUGAAACGUUCAGAAUUUUCGUUGGGUUUGCUUUUUAAAGCUAUUUCCUUUUUAUUUUCUCGUUUCGUUCGUCGUGGUCGUAGCUGUUCGAGCUAACCCUAACCCUAAAACCCACCAUUUGAUGGAAAACGCGAGACGCCAAAAACAGAGGCUGGAUGAGAAGAUUAUAAUAAUCACUUCGGAAGCUGAACUCAAGUGACGUAUCUCAUCCAAGUCACAGAUAUCAGUUUCGUUUUCAUUCUGGCACUUGCUGACUUCAUUUGGGUCGAAAGAGACCGACCUUGUCUUUUCCUUCCUAGGUUUUCCUGAAUAUCGUUCUUUUUAACCACGAUCUCUUCAAACGAUGAAAAGUUACAACAAGUAAAAUUUGAGUGAACAAGUCGCUUGUGAGAGAGGGAGGUACUGGGGCGAGUAAAGUCAAAAACAGACUUGGAGUAAGAUGAUUGGACAAAUGCAAGCAAGAAAAUAUUCCCGAAUUUUAAACACAUCCUUUUUACUUCGCUGGAAACAGAUGUAAAACUCUGGACUAGUCACAAUAGUUGGUCAUUUCCCGAACCUUCAUUUGCUUGUUGAAAAGGUUACGUUUAGCUCAAGUUCUCAAAAUGCGUCUGCUUUUUCAAGCCUACUUUCUCGCGAUCUUUUUCGUAAUGUUCGUCAAAAGCGAUGGAUCUUCUUCAUCUUGCCCCAAGCCGUACGACAAGAUGAUGUUAUGCAACCUGAUGUGUAACAUUCUACAGGAUUCGAGCGCGAACGACGCCAUUAAAAUGUUGCAAACGAAACUAGAAAGUCUCAUUGCUGGAUUGAACAAACCAGGGAUAGCACAAAAACCAGGUAAAUUGUUGAAGUUGUGAACAACUUUUUAGCUCAGUGAGGUUUGUAAUUAAAAAGCCCCGUGCAGUGCUCCUAACCAGACGAAAACUUCACCCGAGGAUGAAUUGUAAUAAACUUCGCUUUUCCCCAAAGCUGUCUUCCGUUCGGACGUUUUCUAUUUUACUUCGCCAGAAAGUCCGUAUGAAGUAGUUAUUAAUUAACAGCAGAAUUUUUGUCUUUCUUACAGCUGUUUCCGCUUCCUCGUGCAAAGAACAUUAUGAGAAACACAGGUGAGUUCUUAGAUACAAGUACUGUCAAGAGAACGAUGUUUUUCUAGUCGAAGACACUGGCGGCUCGGAAGAAAAUAUCCGAAUACUUCCAACAGAAGUCGAACCUAUGACCAUCAGGUUACUAGUCCAGAUGCUCUACCACGGAGCUACAGGGGACUCGUGGAAGCUAUUAAGGCUACUAAACUAGGUUCAAAUAAGUGCUGACAGAAACCAAUCAUCGCCAAGAGUCACUGUCCUUUCCUAUUUCAAAACCAGACUUUUAAUGUUUUUCUUCAAAAGUUUGACACAGACAAUAAAGAACAAGAGUGGCGAGAAUAACAAAAUCCUAGAUGAAGUAAAUCUGACGUUCAUUAUCUUCAAUUUCAUAGUUCCACAAAAAGCCACGUGUACACGCUGAAGUUUGGUUCGCAAAAGAUUCCUGUUUACUGUCACAUGGGCAACUUUGGAUGCGGAGAUGGAGGAUGGACGCUGGCCAUGAAGAUUAAUGGCGCAAAGGUAAAACGAUGCUCUCGCACACGAAAGUUACGUAUACAGUGUAAAGCUAACAUGCUCUUGUUUGUAUUUCAGAAAACCUUCCAUUACAGCUCUGGGUUUUGGAGUCACAAGAAUUCCUAUAACCUUCCAGGAGGGAAGACCGGGUUUGACGGUCAAGAGACUAAACUCCCAACCUACUGGAGCACACCAUUCGCCAAGAUCUGCCUGGGUAUGAAGAUCGGCCAGCAGAUCAAGUUCAUUGUUAUCAACAAAAAGGCAGCCUCUCUGCAUUCCUUGAUCGCAGACGGGAAGUAUCGCGCCACGUCACUGGGUCGUAACACGUGGAAGAAGCUGAUUGGUUCUCAGGCUUCCCUGCAGACUGGGUGCAACAAGGAGGGGUUCAAUGCGGCCAGUUCCCGCGCCUAUGCUAAGACAAGAAUCGGCAUCCUUGGAAAUGACCAACGAGAUUGCCACACCUGUGAUUCCAAAAUUGGGUUUGGAAAUGGAGGGCAAACUGACGAUUCCAACACAUGUGGAAACAACGCUAUCAAAGGAUAUACAUCGGACAAUGGAGGGAGAAGCAUCAAAGCCAUGGGAUAUAUCUUGGUGCAGUAG